GCACCACAUUAGUGUUCUGCACCUCCUGUCAAGAUGGCGAACGCCCUGCGCAGCGAGUUUCUGGGUGCUACCCUGAAGCGCACGGAGAUCAGCCAGACCAAGGGCGCAGAGAGGGUGCAGGUUCAGGCCUUUUUCAACAAGAAGACCGCGAAGAAGGUCGAGAAGAAGGUCGAGAAGAAGGUCGCCAAGGUUCAAAAGACUGCCAGCAAGACCGCGAGCAAGGCUACCAAGCAGGUGAAGAAGGCAGCCAGUGGCAAGCGCACCAAGGGAUGGUUCGGCGAGGCAGGAGGUGCCCAGGGCCUCGACAAGUGGUACGGCCCUUCACGCGCCCUGUUCCUCCCGGGCGGCCUUCUCGACCCAUCUGAUGUGCCCACCUACCUGAACGGUACCCUGGCUGGAGACUACGGCUAUGACCCUCUGGGUCUGGGCAAGGACACCGCCACCGUGGAGAAGUACCGCGCAUACGAGCUCAUCCACGCCAGGUGGGCUAUGCUGGCCGCUGCCGGCAUCAUCAUCCCCGAGGGCCUCCAGGCCAACGGCGCAGCGAUCAAGGGCGGGACCUGGUUCGAGACGGGCGCGGAGAUGCUGAACGGCGGCACGCUGAACUACUUUGCGGUCCCCUGGGGCAUCAUCAACAACCCCCUGCCCCUUUUCCUGGUGGUGGUCAUUGAGGUGGCACUGCUGGGAGCUGUGGAGCGCUACAGGCAGUCCGGCGAGGGCCCCCCGGGCUACUCCCCCGGCGUCGGCAAGUUCGACUCCUCCAUAUUCAGCGGCCUCGACAACCUCUACCCCGGCGGUCCCUUCGACCCCCUGGGUCUGGCUGACGACCCAGAGACCUUCGCUGAGCUCAAGGUCAAGGAGAUCAAGAACGGCCGCCUCGCCCUCAUCUCAGUCCUGGGCUUUGCCGUGCAGAGCUACGUGACGGGCGAGGGCCCGUACGCCAACUGGAGCAAGCACGUGGCCGACCCAUUCGGCUACAACCUGCUCACCAUCAUCGGCGCAGAGGACCGCGUGCCCACCCUCUAGAUCUACCCACUGUGAUGUCUCCAGGACAAGCCAGCCGCUUCUGCGCACAUCUAUGUGUGGCGCAGUGCUGCUGAUCACGCCUGAGACUGCAUCGCUGGUCAGGAGCUGCCCUCUCCCUCUUCGGAAGUGCAAGCGGGCCAGCGGCAACAGGUCCUUGCCGAGAUUUAUAUUCUGGGAGGGCUGUUUUGGUUGCUGCAACAAUGAGUGAUCGAAGGUUGAAAAUUUGGACCGCCAUUGAUUGAUGCAAUCUGGUGUUGAACAGCACUGAACAGGGUCAAUGUUGAGAAGACUAAAGUGAACGUCUGGCUCUGGGGCAUUCUGCCUGUCUGGAUCUGAGUGGGGUGCACAUGUUGGUGCCGCUUUCUAGGAAGCUCGGCUUGUUGUGCAAUUGGCCUAUUGACAGGCACUUCGAGCCACGAGUUGUAAUAGGCUGCAUGC